UGGAAGCACCAGGUGAAGACCUCCUUACAAGCUGAACACGGCUCUCAUUUCUCUCCCACCGUCCUGUUUGUCGCUCGCUCCGUGCAUCCAGUUGUUGUUCAUCGGUCUGGGGGCACAUUUCGAGCUCCUCUACCCAGAGCCUCGAUAUUCUAUCCAGUGUGUGCACCAGUCUGCAGACAUCCAAACUGAUGAGGAUUGGCUGAACAAAUAAAAAACAAACUUGCUGUUUCUUUCUUGUAUCAAGCGGAAAGAAUGUCGGAAAGGGCCGAGGAUGACGUCAGGGGGGAGCAGCGCCGAGCGGCCAGGCAGCAGCUGAAGCAGCAGCAGAUCCAGCGGGGAGAAGGCUCCACAGCAAUGGCGACUGUUGCGGAGCGGAGAUCGCUGCCUAGUCCUGAAAUAAUGCUGGGACAGCCUUGGAGCAGCUGGGUCGACGCCGCCAAACUCCACGGACACGACGGUGCUGAAUCGGAGGAAAGUUUUAAAGACUUGGGGAAAAAUCGAGAAGCCAUGCGUUUGUGCAGAGAAGACAUGCCCGUAUUUGGUCAGUGUCCCGCGCAGGACGACUUCUACCUGGUGAUGUGCAACCACUGUGGUCAUGUGGUCAAGCCACAAGCCUUCCAAGCACACUACGAGAGGCGGCAUGGUUCUACCAUCAAGCCAGCCUCCACGUCACCCUUUCUGGUACCGGGCAGAAACCGAAGUGCUGGCAGCGGGCUAAGCUCUGGGACCAUGGCUGGAGUGACAAGCGGAGGACUCCUCGGCCGAUCAUCCACCGCCGUCUCCGCUGUGACAUCAUCUUGUUCAUCAGCAUCCUCCAAUCAAAAAUUUCAGAAAUCAGCCAAAGACAAACAACAAGGUUUUCAGCGAAGACCUGCUCCCACCCAAUACAGGACGAGCCAGCCUGAAAAAAUCCUUACCCCCGCUGUUACGGUGGAGAAGAUGCAUCUAAAGCCGGACUCGUCAGCGAAGCUGGGGCAGGCUCCACCGGCCCCCGCCGCCACCUCAUCCUGCUCCUCUGCACCAUCCUCUAACACCACUGUGAGCACUGCCGUCAUCACGACUUCCAUGUCCUCCUCAUCAUCGUCGUCAUCAUCAUCAGCCCUUAAACCAGGCCUUAACUCUCCCUCCAUACCAAAGCCUCCAUUGCUGGUUUCUGGUCCAAUUCCCAACGGCAAGGGCCUGCCCGCAGACAAGAAGCAAGACAGCAGCAGCAGUAGCAAACGCCACGUUAACAAGAAGGUGUCAGAGCGUGAGUUCAAUCCUGAUAUCCACUGUGGCGUUUUGGAUGCUACAGGUCGGAAACCCUGCACAAGAUCCCUAACAUGCAAGACACAUUCCUUAAGCCAUCGGCGGGCCGUGCCUGGACGAAGGAAGCGCUUCGAUAUAUUGCUAGCAGAACACAAGAACAGACCGAGAGAGCGGGAGAGGGAUCGAGAACCGCACCAAACCCUUCCCCAGCAAACUGCCCCUCUCAGGGACCCACACCCCUCUCCCCAGCUCCCCCCUAGCCAUGAUACCCACCCGGUUUCUCAUGGCAACGGACCAGCCCCCGAUACCACAAAGCCUUUGUUAUUGGUGAAGUCCAAAUUUCACGGCCCUGGUCUUCCACGACUGAACAACAGUCAUGCUGGAGGCUCCUCGGAUCCUUCAGUGGUCCAUGAGUCCCUGCACCAUCCCCAGUCUACGCCAGAUGCUGUAUCCAGACCCUCGAGUGAUGAAGGAGAGAAUGAGGAGCGGGAAGACGGCACAGACAAACUGGACUGUCUCUAUUCAGGUUACCACCCUCGACCGGCAGCUUACUGUACGUUUGGAAGUCGACUGAUCGGGAGGGGCUUUUACUCCUUUGAUAGGCGACGGGACAGAGUGCGAUGUGCACUAACCACCAUGAUGGAAAAGCAUGUUAACUCUCAGAUGUGGAAGAAAAUCCCAUUCGCCUUGGAAAAUUCCCCUCUUGUAGCCCCCCAUAGGACAAGCACAAAUUCCCACAGUAGCACCCCUUCAUCGGGCUUCCUGAGCCCCCCCGCAGCCUUGCCCCAAACCCCCUAUAGCCAAUCUAGUGAGAGCAAGGCAUCGCUCUCCUAUGGGACCACCUUAAACGCUCACAGCUCCCUUCAGGGCGGCCAGGAGCACCCGGCCUUUGGCACCACGCAGGCCAGACAAGUGUCUUCGUUGCCGCAGAUGCCUUCAGCCCACUUGUCCUCAUCUUUGUCUUCUUCAGCUCCUUCCCUAGCCUCAGGCCGGGCGCUGAAGUCACGUUCAUCUGGCAGCAGCGCCACUACCAAAUCAUCCUCCUCAUCCUUCAAGUCCAAGGAAAUUUCCUCUGGCUCGUCCACAGCUGCCCUACCAAACUCUACUAGUGGCGGGAGCACUGGAGCGAGCAUAAACAGUAGCAGCGCUAGCUUCAGCACGGGGAAGAAGAGGAAGAACGCUUCAGUCCUUUCCUCCUCCCAUUGCUCUUCUGAAUCCUCUGCUUCUAAUGCCAAUUUCCCUUCAUCAUCAUCCUCCUCUUUUAAGAAGAACUGUGCAAAUGUUGGCAGCUCAGGGAGCACCUACCAUCAUGGCUCAUUAGGACCUUCAUCUUCGCUAUCCUCCUCCCAUAGUGGAGUUCACAGCGUGGGGCUGAACUGUGGCCCUAGUGUGCGGACCAACUCACUCAGUCUCAAGGCAGAGCCUUCUGGAGGCUCAGCAGGUGGCUCCUCUGGGCCCCCGACACGAGGCCCUCCCUCAGGCAGCCCCGCAGAGUCCAUAAAGCGUAUGAGUGUAGUUAUGAACAGCAGUGACUCAACUCUUUCUCUGGGGCCUUUUGUCCACCACCAGCCCGCCUCCUCAUCAGACCAUCACACCAACUUUAGUCACCACUCCUCAGAUGGACGCCUGGAGGCAAAGAAGCGCAAAAGCUCCUCUGCUUCGAGUGGCAUCAACAGCGGAGGUGGUAGUCUGGGAAGGGAAGGAGCAGCAGGAGGAACCGGACCAGGCAGAACCAAAAUGACAAAGUCCCCGGCUCUUAAUAACAUCCAUGGGAAACAUAGUCGAAGCAUUCCAGGGACGCCAGGUCUACCCAACAAUUCACAUUUACAUCAGCCAAAAGCUCGUCCCUGACAGCGACUUCCUGCCUCUGCCAUGAAAACGGGCGGACAGAGAAAAGUCCAGAGUGGUGUGCAAGCUGUUCUGGACUGCACGAGGCCUUGUGAAAUAAAAUCCACGUGACUCUCAGCUUCCCACAAUCCUCAGGGUGGAGAUGAUCUGGACUGCUUAGUGAAGUAGACGCUGUCCUUAGUGUUUCUCCCAAAGCCAUGUGUGAGUGUGUCUGAAGAGACGUGGAUAGGCAGAGGUUCUGAAUGCAAUGUAGAACCCCCCUCCCCCCAGAAUCUGAGAGGUCUUCCCAGCUGUUUAGGAGGUAGAGGGAGCACAGCAAGCCGCUCUCCUCUGAGUAAGUAGAGGAGCGAGUGCGUAAACUGUGCAAUGUCAUAUUCUGCUGGAGUCCGCAACGUAAAUACACCCCCCCGAAG